GGACCCGGACUUUUUAUUGUUACUACGGAUGCACAAAGUUCUCACCGUCUUCCAUCUGUAUCUCGUCCAUACAGUUUGACUGAUCUGGGUAAUGAUUAGACGUAGAACCAACACGACAUACGACCUGAUUAUGCCGAGAUAAAUGUAACCAUCUGGCUUUCUUUGUGACAAUGGCAUGUGAUGGUUUGAAAGACGAUUUCCCGGACAAAGUAUUGCCCCAACCACCUUCAUGCACGUGUAACCAGAAAUGCAGUCGCAACAGCAGAAGCAACGGCGCGCUGUUCCUGGCGUUCUUCGUGCUCUCGCUUUCCUUGCACGGGAUCACCCUCAUCUGUUACCUUGAUCUCCGAUUUGAAGUGAAACGGGAGAUUUCUCUCCAGAAGCGGGACGCUGCGUUGAAACUAGAUGGAACAGAAGUGGCUAGCCCGGUGUUGUCUUACGGUCAACAAGCUCACAGCGAAGACGGCGCAGAGGGUCCAGAGCGCCCCGGUGACCACCAUCAAAUCUCGGAGACGGGAACGAGCUUCACCCACAGGACCAAACGGAGCCCCAAAAAAACGCCAGAGUCAGAGACCAAUGGCAGGAGAAAAGAAAGGAGAAAAGGUAGAAAGAGGUCUCCAGGUGCCCAGGGCCCCCCUGGUCUCCCUGGCCCCCCCGGGCCCCAGGGCCCUCCAGGGAUACCUGGCAUCCCUGGCAUCCCAGGCAGCAAUGCAGUUGGCCCCUCCGGACCGCCCGGCCCCCCUGGGCUCCAGGGUCCCCCCGGACUGCAAGGACCCGCAGGGGUGGCAGAGAAAGCCAAAACCAAGGAGUUCCAGCCAGCGGUUGUACACCUCCAAGGACAAGAGACCACCAUACAAGUCAGGGAAGAUCUUUCUGAGGGGGUGCUGAGGAACUGGAAGAUGGUGUCAAUCCACCACCGAGUUUUCAAGAUGCACUCUCGCUCCGGGCAGCUGGAGGUUCUGCUGGAUGGAGUCUACUUCAUCUAUAGUCAGGUAGAAGUGUACUACCUCAACUUCACAGACAUUGCCAGCUACGAGGUCAUGGUGGACACUGCCCCAUUCCUGCGCUGCACCUGCAGCAUCGAGACAGGCCAGAGGAAGUUCAACACGUGCUACACGGCGGGCGUGAGCGUGCUGCGUGCCGGCCAGAGGAUCUCCGUACGCAUGGUGUACGAGGACACACUUGUCAGCAUGACCAACCACACCACCUUCCUGGGCAGCGUCAGGCUGGGGGACGCGCCCCCCACAGGCCGCCACUAGGUCCCACGCACCUCUCCACUUGUGGCUGAGGACCGUGUCGUCCACAGACGCAGUCUGAACUCUUCCCUGGAAGAUCCGACCACCAUGAUCGGUUCUUGUCGUCGGCCUCUGUCUGGUAUCUGAUGGGAUCAGAGGUGAGGUGAUCUGAUGUAGGAUGGCAUUAAGUUAGCGGUGAUGCUUUUAAGCCAUGUUCAAAUACCGUCAGUGUCUACCAGUUGGCUUGCCUUUACAUUAGCUGUUUAGUGAUUGUGUCAGUUAAAGGUGGUAUGAAAAGAAGUCUAACAAAGCCAUAUCUCACUACAAAUUAUGAUUAAAAACAUCCCAAACCUACAUAAGGAGAAGUAUCCUUUUGCCAUAGUCUAAUGUCCUAAAUAAUCGCUGCCUCAGAGUUAAACAAAUGGAUGUAACCAGGAAGAACACAGCACGAACAAAUAUGAUGCUGUACCUACAUUGUAUUUGCACGCAAUUUGCACUAAGGCACCCCAGCAGAGUUAACAUAUGUAAGAUAUGUUUCGUUACAAUGCUGUUUUCAGUUACCGUAUGAAUGAAUCCACAGUUAGUAAUACGGUUUGUGUUUAUAUUUCACUGUACAUAUGUGUAUAUAAAAUGGGAUAUACUUUUUGUAAAUGUGUGAUUGAUGGAAUAAAAUCAGUU